AUGCACCAAUCAGGUCACAAUAGUGGUGUCAUUCAUGCUGGAAUAUACUAUGCCCCAGGUUCCUUGAAGGCAAAGUUGUGUGUAGAAGGUCUUAAAAGGUCCUAUGAAUAUUUAGAUGCCAAUAGUGUGCCAUACAAAAAGUGUGGCAAGUUAAUUGUUGCAGUCAAGGAGUCAGAGCUUCCUCGUUUAGAUGAUCUUUAUGAUCGGUCUCAAAAGAACAAUGUGCCUAAUGUGUCUGUUAUUCCGGGUGAAAAGAUCAAAGAUAUUGAGCCAAAUUGUGUUGGGUUGAAGGCCAUUCACUCUCCGGAAACUGGAAUAGUGGACUGGAGAAAGGUAGCUUUGUCAUAUGCCGACAAUUUUGUAUCAUCUGGCGGGACUGUUUGUAAAUCAUUCAAAGCAGAUGCAAUUUCAGAGUGCAGUGAAAAUGUGGAUUAUCCAGUUCUGAUUAGGAAUGCUCAAGAUAAUCCAGGAAAUACCAGUAAUCAUGUUUCAGAAGUUGCGUGUAAGUAUGUCAUCACAUGUGCAGGUUUACAAUCUGAUCGAAUUUCUCAAAAGACUGGUUGUUCUCCCCACCCAGCAAUAAUGCCUUUUCGAGGUGACUACUUGGUAUUGAAGCCAGAGAAAUCUUCUUUAGUCAAAGGAAAUAUAUAUCCUGUCCCUGAUCCACGUUUUCCAUUCCUUGGUGUUCACUUCACACCACGCAUGAAUGGUUCUAUUUGGCUUGGGCCGAAUGCUGUCUUGUCGCUGGAUCGAGAGGGCUAUGGCAGAUUCAGUUUUAAUUUCAAGGACUCGAAAGAUGCUAUUUUUUACCCUGGAUUUCGAAAGCUUGUAUUUCGUUACUUACGGUACGGUGUCAACGAAUUUUUGGGUGCAGUGUUUAUUGGUCGUCAAGUAAAGCAACUUCAAAUGUUUGUACCUAGUUUAAAAGUUAGUGAUGUCAUUAGAGGCCCGUCUGGUAUAAGGGCUCAAGCUAUUGA